AUGGACAUCGACAGGAUGAAGCGCAAAAGGGCCGUGGUGCGAACGUCAACAACAAAGCUGCUCAAUGACAUCGCUACCAUGGAGGACGACGCGUCACUCGGUGAGCUUGAAGAAAAGAUCAACCUUCUCACCCUUAAGGAAGACUCACUCAAAGAGCUAGAUCGGGAAAUUGAGAUUGGCGUAGAAGAUGAUGCAUUAGAAGAGGAAAUUGCAUGCUCCGAGAACUACAAAGAAAAGAUCAACGUAGCAAGGACUAAAGUACAGCUCAUGCUACGUGAGCUUAGCUGCACUAACGCCGCAUCAGUGAGCGCUUCGCUAGAUCGCACCUCAAGUUCCUCAGAUCAAAGAGAAUCUAGCCGUAACAUCCCGCAAGUAACCCCCACAGUAAAGCUGCCAAAACUAGAGAUAGCAAAGUUCAACGGCGAGCUUCGACAGUGGCAAGGCUUUUGGAGUCAGUUCGACACGACAAUAAACGCUAACCACCACCUGUCAAACGUGGACAAGUUCAAGUACCUGAACAGUUACUUAACAGGAAAAGCAGCGGCUGCUGUUGCGGGUCUUGAUUUGUCCGACGGAAACUACGAAGUUGCUCUCUCGCUGUUAAAGGAAAGGUUCGGUCGUAAAGAAGCCAUAAUCGAGGAUCACAUGUCCAGACUGCUCAAUAUCAAGUCAGUGCGUGACUCGCGGAACCUCAGCCAACUUCGGAGCCUCGUUGACGAAGUAGAGAGAGGUGUACGGAGCCUCACUUCUCUUGGCGUCGGUGUCAGCACGUACGGAGCUCUGCUCCUGACAGUAGUAAAGAAGGCGGUGCCUGCGGACCUUCAUCUCGAAUACUGUCGACGAAAGGGCGCUACUACAGGAGGCAGUGAACUGGAGGCAUUUGCGCAUUUUUUGAGAGUCGAGGUAGAGGCACGGGAGAUUAUACAGCGGGCCGAAACACCAAGGGGCAUGUGUGUAGAAUCGUCUGUCGAAAACCGUAACAGCACCUUUAAAGCGGCGAGAAUGUCUUCAGCCGCUGCACUGCAUACCAUGACCAAGGAGAGAAAAGGGUGUCUGUUUUGUUCGUCAGGGUGCCACGAAAGCGGUGACUGCGAUGCAGAGAUGUCGGCAGCUGAUAAAAGAGAGAUGCUGAAGCGUGAGAAUAGAUGUUUCCGCUGCACAGUAAAGGGGCACACGUCAAGAGAGUGCCGUAAGGCCAAAUGGCUCAGGUGUGCCAACUGUAGCGGAAAACACCUCACGGCUAUGUGUGAUCCUGAUUUCAGAGAAUACCGUGGCAGUGGUGAACAGAAUGCAUCCUCUCCACCAGCGACAGGACAAGCCACAGUGCUAAAGUCUUCUCUAGGCUAA